AUGAACCGAUUGACAGUCCAUGACACUGCGCUCCGAUUUGGGUUGGCAGAAGCGUGGGAGAGAAAGACAAAAGAGAAGGUGUCUGAAGAAAGAGAGGGGGUAUUGGGUAUAUCUGAAGAAGUGAAGACCUUGGUAGUGAAAGAGGCCAGAGAACCGAUUGAAAAGGGUAGUGAGAGGGGAUUAGUUGCAAAAGUUGGGGUUGAGAAGAUCGCGGCGGUGUAUAUGGAUAUGGGUGCUACUGCUACAAAACUUGAAAGUGAUUGGGGGUGCUUUGAUUUCAAGAAAGAUCGUAUCUGUUACCAAGUCUUGCUAGUUGGCAAUGGCAUAAGCCAUUUAAGUGUGGCCACCGCCGCCGCCACCGCCACUUUUGCUAUGGCUAAAGAUGUGUGGAGCCGAACAUGUGGAUCUGCAUCUGCAUCUUCCUCUCCCAUUCCCAGGGAACGUGGCAAUAGAAGGCAACAGCAAGGUACUUACUUGGACCGCAGCGUGGACAUGGAAGAGCUAUUAGCGGCAAUGGGGGAGACCCAGAACGAGGAUGAACUGUUUGCGGUGAUGUCCCCCUACAGCGGGAGGCAGCUGUCUAUGCGCUUCAUGGUUUCCCUUCUCUCCCGCGAGCCCGAUUGGCAACGCACCCUUGCCCUUCUUGAUUGGAUAAACGAAAAGGCUCUCUAUUCCCCCUCCCUCUUCGCCUACAACGUCGUCCUCCGCAACGUCCUUCGGGCCAAGCAGUGGCACCUCGCCCACGGCCUGUUCGAUGAAAUGCGCCACAAGGGCCUUUCCCCCGAUAGGUACACCUACUCCACCCUCAUUACUUCUUUCGCCAAACACGGCUUGUUUGAUUCUUCUCUCUUUUGGCUCCAGCAGAUGGAGCAAGACAACGUUUCCGGUGACCUUGUUCUCUACAGUAAUUUGAUUGACCUUGCCCGCAAGUUGUGCGAUUACUCCAAGGCCAUUUCCAUCUUCACCAGAUUGAAAGCCUCCACCAUUACCCCCGACCUCAUUGCCUAUAACUCCAUGAUCAAUGUCUUUGGAAAAGCCAAGCUCUUCCGCGAGGCUCGCCUUCUUCUCCAAGAGAUGGCUGACAAUGCCGUUCAACCCGACACCGUCAGCUAUUCCACGCUUCUUGCAAUCUACGUUGAGAAUCAAAAGUUUGUUGAAGCGCUUUCUCUAUUCUCUGAAAUGAAUGAAGCCAAAUGCCCCCUUGAUCUCACCACCUGUAACAUCAUGAUUGAUGUUUAUGGCCAGCUUCAUAUGCCUAAGGAAGCCGAUCGCCUCUUCUGGAGCAUGAGGAAAAUGGGGAUUCAGCCCAAUGUGGUUAGCUACAAUACGCUCUUGAGGGUUUAUGGAGAGGCUGAGCUAUUUGGGGAAGCCAUCCAUCUGUUUCGUUUGAUGCAGAGUAAGGAUGUUCCGCAGAAUGUCGUCACCUACAACACUAUGAUUAAUAUCUAUGGCAAGACCCUUGAGCACGAGAAGGCUACCAAUCUCAUUCAAGAAAUGAAGAAAAAGGGUAUUGAACCCAAUGCCAUCACUUAUUCAACCAUAAUAUCCAUUUGGGAGAAGGCAGGCAAACUGGACCGGGCAGCUAUCUUGUUUCAAAAAUUAAGGAGUUCAGGAGUUCGAAUUGACGAGGUUCUUUACCAGACAAUGAUUGUAGCCUACGAGAGGGCAGGUUUAGUUGCUCAUGCCAAGCGUCUGCUGCAUGAGCUCAAGCGACCAGACAACAUUCCCAGGGAGACUGCAAUUGCAAUUCUUGCCAGAGCUGGUAGAAUUGAAGAGGCUACCUGGGUUUUCCGGCAGGCUUUUGAUGCUGGCGAGGUCAAAGAUAUUUCUGUGUUUGGGUGCAUGAUUAAUCUUUUCUCAAAGAACAAAAAGUAUGGCAAUGUAGUUGAAGUGUUUGAGAAGAUGAGACAGGUGGAAUAUUUUCCUGAUUCUGAUGUUAUUGCUGUUGUGCUGAAUGCUUUUGGAAAGCUGCGUGAAUUUGAUAAAGCAGAUGCUUUAUAUAGACAGAUGCAUGAAGAAGGGUGUGUUUUUCCAGAUGAAGUUCAUUUCCAGAUGCUGAGUCUAUAUGGUGCAAGAAAAGAUUUCAAGAUGGUAGAGUCAUUGUUUGAGAAGCUGGAUUCCAAUCCUAAUAUCAAUAAGAAGGAGUUGCAUCUUGUUGCUGCUAGCAUUUAUGAGCGAGCAGAUAGACUUAACGAUGCUUCCCGAGUCAUGAAUAGGAUGAAUCAAAAAGCAAUCAGAAGUCACGAUUAUACUCAGUAA